AUGCGGGGAACAUGGGAAAGUUCGCAACUCACCGAACAGCAGGCAACGGGGCGAACAACAAGCUUAAGCUCACGUCGUACGACACCCUCUUCCAUCCCUCCCCUGCUGCCGCACUGUGACAGUCCUUAAACUGACCGUCUGGCGGAUCCAAAGGAGUCGUACCACCGCCAUGGGUCUCUCGCAGUCGAAGAAGUUCAACCCUACUAACCUGCCAGACCUAACGGGAAAGGUCAUCGUCAUCACCGGCGGCGCAGCGGGCCUGGGAUUCGCGAUAACCCAGCAUCUUGUCCGCAAAGGUGCCAAAAUCUACAUCGCAGCGCGUGCCAUCGACCGUGCGGAGGAUGCUAUCAAGAGGCUCAAGGCGGCGGGGCUCGGUCCGGGCAACGGACAGCUCGAGAGCUUGGAGCUUGACUUGGUUGACCCGCAUAUCGUGAAGCGGGCGGCGGAGGAGUUCAUGCGGAGGGAGAGCCGGUUGGAUGUGUUGAUCAACUGUGCUGCCAUCAUGAUGUGCCCGUAUCAGAAGACAAACCACGGUAUUCAGGAUGUCGUGAUGAUCAACCACAUCGGACAUUUUGUCUUCAUCAAAACACUCCUGCCCAUCCUGAAGAACACCGCGAGCGAACCUAAUAGCGAUGUCCGCAUAGUGGUUGUAUCCUCUGAUGGCUACGAGGCGGUUCGACACCCUGUCAAGUUUGAGACUAUCGAGGACUUCAAUCUGGAGUACAAAGACGCUGUCUUCCCCUGGCCGUCGUUGCAGCGAUACUGCUAUAGCAAGCUACUUGUCUGCAUGCAGGUCGCAGAACUGCAGCGGCGACUGGACGCAGAGGGCGUCCCCAUCAUUGUCCUGUCCACACACCCAGGAGCGGUCAACACAGAUGGCGCACAGAAUUGGCUCGCCACUCUCGGUACCGGCUUCCUCGCGACCCUCGCGACCUGGAUCGUCAGUCUCUUCUUCACUCUCCCCACAAUAGCGGCGUACGGCACCGUCUUCGCCUCGGCCGCGCCGGAAGUCCGCGCCGAACCUAGGAAGUAUCGUGCUGCAUACAUCACGCCGCCGACGAAGAAUACUGGGCUGAACGAAAAGGCGCGGGAUCCGGUGGCGGCCAGGGAGUUGUGGGAGUUGACGGAGAGAACGCUGAAGGACAUCGGCGUGUAGUGCCGCUCCUCAACGUGUGUAUCUUGUGCUUGUGCAAAACCAGCUUCUGGAGCCGUGCCCACAAUGCUGUGCCUAUCUACGUACAUAUUCAAUAGUGUCAAUAUAACUGGUUAUAGUUGCACA